UCUUCUUAGCAAGAAAUGGCCUGGGUUGAUCCUAUUUCUGUGUUGUUCCUGUUUGCUGUCACACUUACAUUCUUUUGGAAAACGAGCAGUUUCUUGAAAUGCAGCAGCCCAAAGUUUCCACCAGGACCACGCCCACUACCACUCAUUGGAAACCUCCACCUACUGGAUCUGAAGUGGCCUUACAGAACCAUGUUCAAGUUAUCUAAACAGUACGGCCCUGUCUUCAGUAUCCAAUUGGGAUUGCAGAAAACAGUCGUUCUGGCAGGCUACAAGACUGUGAAGGAGGCUUUGGUGAACCAGGCAGAUGCCUUUGCGGACAGGGCUGUGGUCCCAGUGUUUGAAGACUUUGAUCAUGGCCAUGGUAUUGUUUUUUCUAAUGGAGAGAACUGGAAAGUGAUGAGGCGGUUUACGUUAACCACGUUAAGGGACUAUGGAAUGGGCAAGAAGACCAUAGAAGACAGAAUCGUUGAGGAGUGCCAUUUCCUAAUAAAUAAGUUUGCCUCUUUUGAAGGAAAACCAUUUGAGACUACAGCAAUCAUGAAUGCUGCCGUUGCCAAUAUUAUAGUGACCAUAUUGCUCGGCAAGCGAAUUGAAUACGAAGAUCCCAUGUUUAUAAGAUUGCUAAACUUGGUCUAUGAGAAUGUUCGGCUCAUUGGAAAGCCCUCGGUCAGGCUGUACAACAUGUUCCCUGCUCUGGGUUUUCUUUCUGGUGGUCGCAAGACUGUCCUGAAGAACAGGGAUGAACUGCAUGACUUCAUCCAGGCCACCUUCAUAGAACACCUCAAAGAACUGGAUGUGAAUGACCAGAGGAGCUUCAUCGAUGCUUUUCUAAUCCAACAGCAAGAGGAAAAGACCAAGAAUCAGAGCACCAGAUUUUUCCAUAACGAAAACCUAACAUCCGUUGUUUCAAACUUAUUUGGUGCUGGCAUGGAGACCACUUCGACCACCUUGCGUUGGGGCCUGUUGCUGAUGGUGAAGUACCCUGAAAUUCAGAGGAAAGUGCAAGAAGAAAUAACAAAGGUGAUUGGAUCAGCUCAGCCACGGAUAGAGCACCGAGCAAAACUGCCCUACACAGAUGCGGUGAUUCAUGAAGUUCAGAGGUUUGCUAAUACUUCCCCUGCCACCGUGCCACAUGCCACCACUGUAGAUGUCACCCUUGGAGACUACUUCAUUCCAAAGGGUACUCAUAUCAUUCCAUUACUGUACUCUGUGCUACACGAUGACUCUCAGUGGGAGAAACCCUUUAAAUUUUAUCCUGAGCAUUUCCUUGAUUCCGAAGGAAAGUUUGUCAAGAGAGAUGCCUUCCUGCCUUUCUCUGCAGGUCGGCGAGUGUGUGUUGGAGAGACCCUGGCUAAAAUGGAGCUCUUCCUCUUCUUUGCAAGUCUCCUGCAGAGAUUCACCUUCCAGCCAGCCCCUGGGAUGUCAAAAGAAGACCUGGACCUGACCCCUGCAAUUGGGUUAAUUUCAUCUCCAAUGCCCUUCAGUUUCUGUGCUUUGCAACAUUCCUAACAUCCUACC